GUCCCAGCCAUGGCGGCCAUGAGCCGGGUGCUGCGGGCGGCCGCGGCCUGGGCGGUGCGCCGGGCGGGCAGCGCCGGGACCGCCGGGACCGCCGGGAUCACCGGGAUCACCGGGAUCGCCCCCCGCCUCCCCGGUACCCUCGUUCCUGUACGGCACAGUGGUGACCAUGGGAAGAGAAUGUUUAUCAUCAAGGCAACAAGUUUUUAUGAUUCUCGAUUUCUGAACUUGUUGAGAUUCUAUUUAUUCCUGACGGGAAUACCAGUGGCUGUGCUCUUAACAUACAUCAACAUCUUCAUUGGUGAAGCUGAACUUGCAGAGAUUCCUGAAGGUUAUGUUCCAGAGCACUGGGAAUACUACAAACACCCCAUAACCCGCUGGAUAGCUCGUUAUGUACUUGACGCCCCUGAGAAGAACUAUGAGAAGGACAUGGCCCUGCUUGAUGUGGAAGUGAGGAAAUCUGAACUGAGGCUGCUGGAGUUGGAGGCACGCAGACUGAUGAGACAUCGGGGAGAUGGGCCUUGGUACCAUUAUGAAACACCUGACAAAAAUCUUGUUGACAAUUCUAUGAAAGCCACACCUGACAAUUAAACAAUUUUAGGGCAGUGUGCAAGGUCUUCAGUGCAUACUGACAAAUUGUGACUGUGCUGUGGAACAGACAUCCUGCUGUUUGCUAAUGGAAAUGAAUAAAUGGUGUUUAUGUUGA